AUGGAAAUAUUAAUCGAAAAUACAGUUUGGGCAAAUACAAGAUGUUUUGCUUGUGGAGCACUUGUUUAUGAUGUUGAAAAGAAAAAAACAGCGAAUCAUAUUUAUCAUAAUCGAUGUUUUUGUUGUCGAAUAUGUAAACGAAAUUUAACUGCAGCGACUCUCAAUGAAGAAGGAGAUGAUAUUUAUUGUACAAAUUGUUAUCGAAAAAAACAACGAGGCGAUUGUAAUAGUAUAGAAUUUCAACGUGCAGCAAGUGAACGAGCAACUUAUGUUUAUAAUGAACGACAUCCUGAUCAACCAUCACCAACGCCUAAUCCUCAACCACCAGUUCGACGUGAUUUUUUAAGAAAUCCCUCAUGGACAUUACGUCAAUUAGAACGACAAUUUCUUUCUCAACAACCUACAACUACUACUACUAUAGAGAAAGCAAAAGAAGAUUAUAUCAAAAUCAGUUCACUUUCUCAUCCUAUGAUGACUAUUAAAACAAAUUUCUCAAAUCCAAUUAAGUUCACUAAAUUUCCACGUCAACCAUUAACAAUAAAAAAUGAACCAUCACCAUCGCCAUCAUUACAUUUUUCGCCUGCCUUUUCACCUUUUCCAAAUAAUCGUACGGAAUCAGGAUCUACAACACCUAAUCAUCUACAAACUUCACCAAAAAGUGCUACAUUUAUUAAUCUUAGAUCUCGAUUACAUCGAAGUAGUACUGAUUUAACUAAAGCUUUAUCACCUAUACCUGAACGAAAUUCAACUAGUAUAAACAGCAUCGAUUCGAAAGAAAAUAAAAAAACAAACGGUGUUAGAUUUCAAUUUCCAGAUGUUGUUAGAAAUAUAACGAAUCGCCGAAGUUUUAGUGCUACAGAUCGACGCAAAAUAAAAUAA